CACCAUCAUCUAUCCGUCCGUCCGUCCAUCUCAGUCCCACAAUUACAAUCGUCGUCGAUAAGAAUAAUAACAAGUCGCUCCAGGAUACUAUUUCCACCAAUCCUGAUUUUCAUACUCAAACUUGUUCUUCUUCUUCUUCUUCUUCCUUCCACGGAGGUUAGGUUUGAUUCUUAAGAUGACCACUGAGGCUCCUUCAAAAGUCAUUCAUGUACGAAAUGUGGGACAUGAAAUUUCAGAGAAUGAUCUACUUCAGCUCGUUCAGCCUUUUGGUACUGUCACCAAGCUCGUCAUGUUACGUGCUAAAAAUCAGGCUCUUCUCCAGAUGCAUGAUCUUCCAUCUGCCAUCAAUGCAUUGCAAUACUACACUAAUGUUCAGCCAAGCGUUAGGGGUAGGAAUGUUUACAUUCAAUUCUCUUCGCAUCAAGAGCUUACGACAAUGGAACAAAAUGCUCAAGGACGAAAAGCUGACCAGGAUGCAGAGCCCAAUCGAAUACUCUUAGUUACAAUUCACCACCUGCUCUAUCCUAUUACGGUGGAAGUGCUUCACCAAGUGUUUUCUCCUCAUGGGUAUGUGGAGAAGAUCGUCACAUUUCAGAAGUCGGCUGGUUUUCAAGCUCUAAUCCAGUUCCAAUCACGCCAGAAUGCUGUUAUGGCCAGAGAUGGUCUCCAAGGGCGUAAUAUAUACGAUGGUUGCUGUCAGCUGGAUAUUCAGUUCUCAAACCUCACUGAAUUACAAGUGAACUAUAACAAUGAGCGUUCAAGGGAUUUCACGAACCCGUCUUUACCAUCUGAGCAGAAAGGCAGAUCCUCACAACCUGGUUACAGCAAUGCUGGGGGACUAUAUUCACUGCAACCUUCUGGAGCUUAUCCACAGAUGGGAAAUGCUGCAGCUAUUGCAGCUGCAUUUGGAGGAGGAUUACCUCCUGGGAUAAGUGGUACUAAUGAAAGGUGCACCGUCCUGGUUUCGAAUCUGAACUCUGAUAAAAUUGAUGAGGAUAAGCUUUUCAACCUGUUCUCGAUUUACGGGAACAUCAUAAGAAUCAAACUUCUUCGCAACAAGCCAGAUCAUGCACUUGUUCAGAUGGGAGAUGGUUUCCAGGCGGAGUUGGCUGUGCACUUUUUGAAGGGCGCCAUGCUUUUUGGUAAGAGAAUGGAGGUUAACUUCUCAAAAUUUCCAACCAUCACAACAGCACCAGAUACACAUGAAUACUCAAAUUCGAAUCUGAACCGGUUCAAUCGAAAUGCCUCGAAAAACUAUCGAUACUGCUGCUCUCCAACUAAGAUGAUUCACCUUUCUACUCUUCCUCAAGAGAUCACAGAGGAGGAGAUUGUGGCCCACUUUGAAGAGCAUGGCGCAAUAGUCAAUACCAAGCUUUUUGAGGCAAACGGGAAGAAGCAGGCUCUGGUGCUGUUCGAAACUGAGGAGCAGGCAACUGAAGCCCUUGUUUGCAAGCACGCAAUCCCCAUCGAAGGCUCUGUAAUUCGCAUCUCUUUCUCCCAGUUGCAGUCCAUCUAACUUAUGCUGCAAGUCUAACAUUUAUAUGUUUGUAUUCUAUUUCCUACCUCCUAGUAGUUAUGUUUGCUUCCGUUUCUCUUUCUUCUGUGGGCUAUCCCUCUUCCGUGUUUUAUUGGAACUUGUAUGCUUCACGGCUGCUGCUACUUCCAAGGCUUUAAGGUAACGAACAACUGCUGCAUUCCGUAAAGGUUCAGCAAAAUAUCUGUGUUGUACCUAUCCAUGGUGUUGUAUGAUACUCCUGUUUAUGUUCUAUUUCUUGCUUUCGUAAUUCACUACUUAUAGUAAUCAACCUUC